AUGGUUGGCGAAACGACAUUAGAAGAAAUGAACAACUUGGCGGAAGACACGGUUAGCCUCAUUCGGCAUGAUGGCGAACAAGUGAUUGCCUGUCUAGUGUUUGGCAUUGCUGUAACUACUGCUCUUAUUGUGGAUAUCUAUACUGGUGAUCACCAUACAGGUAAUGCUGCUGUGGUGUCAGAUGUUAAAGAAUGCGCUGAUUUUUUUUUUUUUUUUUUUUUGAAAGGAGGCUCUGCUGUUGAUGCUGCUAUAGGAACCAUGUUAUGUGUUGGAGUGAUGAAUCCAGAAAGUUCAGGGCUAGGAGGGGGUUAUCUGUUGAAGUGGUCAGAAGUUUUUGAACCUGCCAUUAAACUGGCCAAAGAAGGUUUUAAGGUGACUCCUCAUACAGGAAGAGUUCUAAAGAAUUUGCCAAAGGAGCACAUAAGUCCUCGAUUUUUUUUUUUUUUUUUUUUUUAUAAACAAGGGAGGUUUUUGAAGUUUGCUUUUGCCCAGAGGUCACUGCUUGAGUUUUUUUUUUUUUUUUUUUUUGUAAACCAAAUGUUAAGCAAAGAUCAUGCGAAAUUCCUUCGAGAGAAAAUCUCACCCGACAAAACCUUUAAUGCAUCUUACUAUGGGCCAAUAUUUGGCCAAGCAGAACCACAUGGUACUGCGCAUGUGUCUGUUAUAGGACCCGAUGGUGAACUCGUGAGUGUUACCAGCACAAUAAAUGACUAUUUUGGUUCUGGCAUCAUGACCAAGCACGGAAUUAUUUUAAACAAUGAGAUGGCAGACUUUUCAAUUCCUGAAGUUACCAAGGUUGGCUGGGAUGGGCCACCCAAGGCUAACUUUAUUGCGCCAGGAAGGCGUCCACUCUCGUCCUGUGUGCCAACUGUUGUUCUGCACAAAGAGAAACGUUGUUGGUUCCGCAUGUCGCUGGGGGCUUCUGGUGGAAUGUACAUAACACCUGCGGUAGCCGAAGUUUUGAUUAACUAUCUAGCUUUUAAUGACUCGUUGGAGGACUCUAUUGAGAGACCAAGAGUUUUCUUCAAUAUAAAUACUGGCAAACCUGAAAUUGAAGCUGAAAAAUUUAAAGACAAAGGAGCUGCCUCUCGUUUACAGAAGGAUCUUCGCAAAAUGGGUCAUGAUAUCUCCAGUAAGCCGGCGCUAACGGAUGUAAAUGGAUUAUCGUAUUUCAAAGAAAAAAUUACAGCGCAUGCUGACAGCAGAAGAGGAGGCGAAGGAAGUGCUCAGUUUUAACUUUGGAAUUUAGCGGCAUUGCUCCGGUGUAAAAUCGUUAAUUUAUCAUUGAAGUCAUGUAAUGCGUGUAUGUUAAGGAGGAAUCGAUUUAUAAUGCGGGUUAAAAUGUUUAUUUAUCAUUAGCAUCAAGGAAGGCUGAUUUUCGCUAGAGCUUUAACACAAUUCAAAACACGCGUUAGUAGGAAAAUGGUGAAGAAGAAAAAUCUUUUUUCUGUUUUAUUUUGAUGGUUACAUUUUUGUUACUGCUGAGGCUUCUGACUGUCAUUGGUUUACAAAACUCAACCAUUCAGGUGUAAAAAUAACAACGACUUGGCCACUUGUGUUUGUCGCGCUACUGGCAGA